AUGGGACCGGAGUUGACCCUCCCCCAGCUCACUGCUUGUCUGUGGGACCGGAGUCGACCCUCCCCCAGCUGGGACCGAAGUCGACCCUUCCCCAGCUCAAUGCUUGUCUGUGGGACCGGAGUUGACCCUCCCUCAGCUCACUGCCUGUCUGUGGGACCGGAGUUGACCCUCCCCCAGCUCCAUGCUUGUCUCUCACUGCCUGUCUGUGGGACCGGAGUUGACCCUCCCCCAGCUCAAUGCUUGUCUGUGGGACCGGAGUCGACCCUUCCCCAGCUCAAUGCUUGUCUGUGGGACCGGAGUCGACCUUCCCCCAGCUCACUGCCUGUCUCCGGGACCGGAGUUGACCCUCCCCCAGCUCAAUGCUUGUCUGUGGGACCGGAGUUGACCCUUCCCCAGCUCACUGCUUGUCUGUGGGACCGGAGUCGACCCUCCCCCAGCUCAAUGCUUGUCUGUGGGACCGGAGUUGACCCUUCCCCAGCUCACUGCUUGUCUGUGGGACCGGAGUCGACCCUCCCCCAGCUCAAUGCUUGUCUCUCAAUACUUGUCUGUGGGACCGGAGUUGACCCUCCCCCAGCUGACUGCUUGUCUGUGGGACCGGAGUUGACCCUCCCCCAGCUCAAUGCUUGUCCGUGGGACCGGAGUCGACCCUCCCCAAGCUCACUGGUCGUUUAUGGGACCGGAGUUGACCCUCCCCCAGCUCGCUGCUUGUCUGUGGGACCGGAGUUGACCCUUCCCCAGCUCACGGCUUGUCUGUGGGACCGGAGUCGACCUUCCCCCAGCUCACUGCCUGUCUGUGGGACCGGAGUUGACCCUUCCCCAGCUCACGGCUUGUCUGUGGGACUGGAGUCGACCUUACCCAAGCUCACUGCCUGUCUCUCAUUGCUUGUUUAUGGGACCGGAGUUAACCCUCCCACAGCUCACUGCUCGUUUAUGGGACCGGAGUUGACCCUCCCCCAGCUUACUGCUUGUCUGUGGGACCGGAGUCGACCCUUCCCCAGCUCAAUGCUUGUCUGUGGGACCGGAGUUGACCCUCCCUCAGCUCACUGCCUGUCCGUGGGACCGGAGUUGACCCUCCCCCAGCUCAAUGCUUGUCUGUGGGACCGGAGUCGACCCUUCCCCAGCUCAAUGCUUGUCUGUGGGACUGGAGUUGACCCUCCCCCAGCUCACUGCCUGUCUGUGGGACCGGAGUUGACCCUCCCCCAGCUCAAUGCUUGUCUGUGGGACCGGAGUCGACCCUCCCCCAGCUCAAUGCUUGUCUGUGGGACCGGAGUCGACCCUCCCCCAGCUCACUGCCUGUCUGUGGGACCGGAGUUGACCCUCCCCAGCUCAAUGCUUGUCUGUGGGACCAGAGUUGACCCUCCCCCAGCUCACUGCCUGUCUGUGGGACCGGAGUUGACCCUCCCCCAGCUCAAUGCUUGUCUGUGGGACCGGAGUCGACCCUUCCCCAGCUCAAUGCUUGUCUGUGGGACCGGAGUCGACCUUCCCCCAGCUCACUGCCUGUCUCCGGGACCGGAGUUGACCCUCCCCCAGCUCAAUGCUUGUCUGUGGGACCGGAGUUGA